AUGACUGAAUGCAUUGUGGAAUCACUGUUAUCCCGCUCAUUUGGAUUGAGACCUUUUUCCGAGGAACGAGAGAUCGUCGAAGGUGGCCGUCCCACUCCUGAGUUGCAAGGACUACAUACAACAUCAAAAGUGAGGUCGGGUGGAGCUGGAGGAGUCUGCCAACAGGGCAAUUACGUCGAAUUGAUAAAACUGCUAAGUGCAUAUGACCCCACGCUUGAACAGCAUCUUCAUACAGCAACCGUGUUUUCUGGACUUUCUAAUCGUAUCCAGAACGAUUUGAUUGUUGCUGUCAAGGACGUUAUGUUGAAAGCAAUAAAAGAUGAAGUGAUGAGAAGCCCAUUUGUCGCUAUUUCCCUGGAUGAAACCUCCGACGUUAAGACCUUAUCGCAGCUGACAACUAUAGUUCGCUAUGUCAACCCAGAUGGUAAAGCUGUGGAGCGCUUUCUUGGAUUUACCGAUGUAAAUGAGGAUAGAACUGCGGCUAGACUGAAACAAGAAGUCGGUAAAACCCUAAACGAGUACGGAUGCGGCGAAAAACUGAUUGCCCAAACGUAUGACGGUGCGAGUGUGAUGUCAGGAGAACGGUCCGGUUUGCAAACACGAGUAAGAGAAGACUAUCCACAUGCUCUUUUUAUCCACUGUUGCGGACACGCAUUAAAUUUGGUCCUUGUUCAAGCUGUCUCGUCAACUAAAGAGUGUCGUAUAUUUUUUAAAACCGUCACUGGUCUUUCAUCCUUUUUUCACGCCUCGUCCAAGAGAACAUACCUGUUGGACACAGUUGUCGGCAGACGCAUUCCAACUGGAACAGCUGUUCGAUGGCACUAUCAGAGCAGGUUAAUCCAUGCUGUACUGGAGACAAGAGCAAAGCUGCUCGAAGUUUUCGAAUACAUCAUCGAAAAUGAUGACGAGUUUGACAGUACGACGUUAAACGAAGCGAGGGGCUACCGACAAGUUCUUGCAGAUUUCCAGUUUGUGUUCUGCCUUAAAAUAUUUUCAGAAAUAUUUGGUCUUACGGAUGUUUUGUAUAAUAUCAUUCAGAGUAAGCAGUUCGAUAUUGUCUUCUGUGUCACGAAAGUUCGCGAGACGAAAGAUAAGAUUCAAGAACAACGAACAAAAUUCGUAGAUUAUCAAAUUGACUCUAGAUUCGAAAGUCUUAACAGCAGAGCAUUCGUUUCUUUGUUGGAUCAUUCAAAGCACGAAUUGUACAGCCGGAAUUUUCCCGAACGAGAGCUGCAAUCGUUGCAAGAUUCAUAUGGAACAUUCUUUAAUCUUCAAGCACUAAAAAGUGAACUAAUCGUUGUAUACGCAUCUGCCGAGCUCAAAUCGAAACCUGUUUUUGAUAUGAUAUCAAAAAUAAUCGAACUUGACUUGAAAGCCUGUUUUCCAGAGGUGUACCGAUUGUGUCAGCUCAUUCUUACUAUGCCAAGUACGUCCUCCUCUGCAGAAAGAUCAUUUUCGGCUCUCAAGCGUAUCAAAACGUAUCUUCGCAGUACACAAGGGCAAGAGCGACUUUCUGCAUUGGCUACAAUUUCAAUCGAGAAGGAGAUGUUGGUAAGUUUGCAGGAAGCCACGAUUCUAUAA